CACCGGGCUUAUGCUCAGGGCGGAAGAGAUUUCCAGUGCGGCUGGACAGGGAUCGGGGAGACAAGGGUGUCACAGCAUGUCGGGACGACGGUUGCUGGCAUCCAGUCGUUCUGCCCUUCUCCCCGCCCCUUGGCGCGCCCUCCUUGCCUCCCUCACCCGCAGCGGGGGAGAUUCAGCAUCUAGAUUGUGGGAUUAGUGAUAUGCUUUCCUGAACAGCAGAAAGUCAAAGAUGUCUAGACAGCAUACAGUGGCUUUGACAGUGACCACCCUUCUGGGUGUGGCUGUGGGGGGUUUUGUCUUGUGGAAAGGCAUUCAGCGCCGGAGGAGUAAAACGAGCUGUGUGACCCAGCAGCAGCAGAAAGGGCCAGGCAGUAGAGAGCUGCCUCCUCCAGAAGAGAUCCAGCUGCACUCUAGUGCCCCCAGAGCUUCAUGGGAGGAGAGGAUCCUCGAAGCAAAGGUGGUGACUGUGUCUCAGGAGGAAGAGUGGGAUCAGAUCCAGCCCUUGCUUAAGAGUGAGUUAGAAGAUUUUCCAGUGCUUGGAUUCGACUGUGAGUGGGUGAAUUUAGAAGGCAGAAUCAGUCCUCUGUCACUCCUACAGAUGGCCUCGCCAAGUGGCCUCUGUGUCCUGGUUCGCUUGCCCAAGCUAAUCCAUGGAGGAAAAACACUACCAAGAACAUUACUGGACAUUUUGGCAGAUGGCACCAUUUUAAAAGUUGGAGUGGGAUGUUCAGAAGAUGCCAGCAAGCUCCUACAGGAUUAUGGCCUCGUUGUUAAGGGAUAUCUGGACCUCCGAUACCUAGCCGUGAGGCAGAGAAACAAUUUGCUCUGUAAUGGGCUUAGCCUGAAAUCACUUGCUGAGACCGUUUUGAACUUUCCGCUUGACAAGUCCCUUCUACUUCGCUGCAGCAACUGGGAUGCUGAGAAUCUUACUGAAGACCAGGUAAUUUAUGCUGCCAGGGAUGCCCAGAUUUCAGUGGCUCUCUUUCUCCAUCUUCUUGGAUACCCUUUCUCUAGGAAUUCAACUCUAGAAGAAAACAGUGGCUGCACUGGCUGGAGGGAAGUCUUGGAGAAAUGUCAGGAUGUGGUAGACAUCCCAUUCAGAAGCAAAGGAAUUAUCAGACUGGGAGAAGACAUUAAUGGGGAAGCAACAGAAUCUCACCAGAAAUCAAGAAAUAAGAAGUCUAAGAUGGAUGCAAUGGUGCCAGGCAGCCAGCAAGGGAGAGACCCCAGAAAACAUAAAAGAAAGCCCUUGGGAGUGGGUUAUUCUGCCAGAAAAUCACCCCUCUAUGAUAACUGCUUUCUCCAUGCUCCUGACGGACAGCCCCUGUGCACUUGUGAUCGAAGAAAAGCUCAGUGGUACCUGGACAAAGGCAUUGGAGAGCUGGUGAGUGAAGAGCCUUUUGUGGUCAAGCUUCAGUUUGAACCUGCAGGAAGACCUGAAUCCCCAGGAGACUAUUACUUGAUGGUUAAAGAGAACCUGUGUGUGGUGUGUGGGAAGAGAGACUCCUACAUCCGAAAGAACGUGAUCCCACAUGAGUACCGGAAGCACUUCCCCAUUGAGAUGAAGGACCACAACUCCCAUGAUGUACUGCUGCUCUGCACCUCCUGCCAUGCCAUCUCCAACUACUACGACAACCAUUUGAAGCAGCAGCUGGCCAAGGAGUACCGGGCCCCCACUGGCUCUGAGGAGGGCUUGCGCCUGCUGGAAGAUCCUGAGCGCCGGCAGGUGCGCUCCGGGGCCAGGGCCCUUCUCAAUGCAGAGAGCCUGCCUGCUGAUCGAAAGGAGGAGCUGCUGCAAGCACUCAGAGAGUUUUAUAACACAGACAUGGUCACAGAUGAGAUGCUUCAAGAGGCUGCCAGCCUGGAGACCAGGAUUUCCAAUGACAACUACGUUCCUCACGGGCUGAAGGUGGUGCAGUGCCACUCCGAGGGUGGGCUGCGCUCCCUCAUGCAGCUGGAGCGCCGCUGGCGUCAGCACUUCCUGGACACCAUGCAGCCCAGGCACCUGCCCCAGCAGUGGUCAGUGGACCACAACCAUGAGAAGCUGCUCCGGAAAUAUGGGGAGGACCUGCUCAUCAAGCUGUCGUGAUAGCUGCUUGCCUCCCAGGUUAGGACAGGUGGGAAGCUGGACCCAAGGUUGAAAAGUUACCUCUUCCAUUUUAAUAUGUCAUUAGUUGUCAAAGCCUCAGUGACACAACUCAGAAUUAACCCAUAAAAGCCCCAAGAUGCUCCUGGUGGAGCAAGGCUUUCUUUUAAGAGGAACUUAUGAUUUUGAAUUUUAAUUGGGCAGGGUCAGUUUUCUUUUUCCUCCCUCUUAUUUUUGUGGACAAGGAAGGCUUUGGCCUUUAUGUUUGCUCUCCCUCUUUUGCUUUCCCUGAGCAGAAGGAAAGUGAAAGAUUCUCCCUGAAGGGACUUGUCAAGAGCCUCAGGUUGUUAAUACAUUUUUUCCUUGCCUAGCAUGUUGGUUUAUCUUUUGCAGGGACUGUCAUGUAUAAAUGAUCAAUCUCAUCAGGUUAGGAGGGGAGGAAAAUUUCUUCCAGAGGUUAGAGAAGUGAACAAGGGGUCAGAUUCGUUUUCCCAGUUUAACCUCAUAAUUUCUUUGGCUGAUGGCUCUCCCACAGCUUAGCUGGUUGGGACCCAUCCUUUCCGGGUCCCUUCAGUUCAUUUUACAUACUUAAAAAUGCUCUCCUUUACAUGUCCAGGACCAAAGCAGCAGCUUCUUGCCAUAUGCUUCCACCCUGAUACUGUGGGGAAUCCUUUUCUGAAAUAAGUCUUCAACCUGGGUGGGACAGAGAGAAGCACCAUUUUCCAGUAGAACUUUGAUCAUUUGCUUUGCUUUUCUCGUCAUGGUUUUCAUUGUCUGCUUGUUUCAGCCCCCCUGCCCACAAGGUUUUUAGCUUAACCCCUUCUGAGAGGAAGAUUAUCUUUUUUUUAGAAUCAGUAUCGGGUCCCUUCAGUGUUCUGUUUCCAUCAGAUUUGUGAUACUGACCUCUUUUAACCACUUAAUUCACCCCCAGAGUCAUUUGGUCAGGUUGCAACAUGAGGACUUCUCUAUUGCCUUUGAAGCCUGAGAUGCCAACAUCCAAAGCCAUUUGAUGCUAAUUAACAUGUUUAGAUGUUCAAAAUAGUGGUGUUUCAUAUUUCAAAAUAGUAGGCUCUCACUUUGAGUAUGAAACCAUUUUAUUAGUGAUUAUUACUUUUUCUAAAGUAUUAAGAAAACUUUCUUAUCUUAAAAGAUCUUUAACAAGCUUAAAAAAAGAUUUUAUGACCAGAAUCCAACAAGAGCUCUAUUUUGGAAUUGUGCCCAAGUUGGUGAUGGUUGUUCUAACAUUGAUAAAUAAAAUUUCUAAGCACAAAGCUCACUGCUUGUAAACAGAAAACUUUCUUCAUAAUUUUGUAAGGUCGGUAAAUAUUCUUGGGGGAGAAGGUAUUUAUCCUAUGUUCCUGCCUCAGGACAGUACAUGGUAUGUGUGCACUGGCUGUACCUCAGAAACAGUGCACCAAGUGGCCCAGCAGCAGCAGCUCACAAGCACAUGCACUCAUCCUGCAUUUUUUUCUCUGGUCCUCAAACAGGCAUUUCUGGGAUCUAAACUAGAAAUCUUUGAAAACGAGUAGUAGCAGCCACUUUGGGAAACGUGUGUUCAAUGUAGUAGGUUACUAUGGGAUGUAUGCCUCAGUGGCUGUGCUUCAUGGAGUGCAGGGGUGAAGAACCUUGGAGAAGGAUGGGUGGAAGACAGCUCAUUACUUGGUUGUGGUAGUAGGCUUGCCACAAGGUGGCAGUCAUAGAUUUUGUUUUUAUAUUCAGUCUUGAUGAGAAGUAAGUGACUUUUAUACUCGGUUACUGAACAUUACUCAUGAUUUAUGUUUCAAAAUCUACAUAGCUGACUUUGAGUCAUUUUGAUAGCUCUACAAGAAAAAUUCUUCCUCUGAAAGAAGGGAGUAGGGCUCUUUCUUUCUCUUCCCCUAUGAUUCUCAUGCUGUUGUUAGUGGGUGCCGUGGAGUCGUUUUCAACUCACAGUAACCCCAAUAACAGAGUAGAACAGCCCCAUUGGAUUUUCUUGGCUUUAUGGAAGCAGAUCGCCAGGUCUUUUCUCCUGCAGAGCCUCUGGGUAGGUUCAAACUGCCAACCUUUUGGUUAGCAGCUGAGUGCUUACGGUAGCCGUUGCACUAAUAGGGCUCCGUGAUCCUCAUGCUAAGAGGUGAGAAACACAUAAGAGGUUGUUUAAGGCACAGUGGUUGCUGGUGGAAGAGAGAAUGGGUUCACUGAAGUUCUCCAGUAGGGUUUCUUGCAAAGUGCAGUAAAGUAGAUGCAGCAGCCAAAGUAGAGGAAAAGCUAGACUGUGUCACUAGAGGUCUUACCUUUUUAAAAGCGGUUACCGUAUAGAUCUGAAUCUCUUUGUUCUCUGAGUUUGCCUUGAACUUUAGCAGUAUUUUCCUAAGGGUGACAAUUGCCACCUCAAUGGAGAGAUUUUAGGGUAGACAUACUUAAAGAUUUAUUGUUUUUUCUGAUAUAAAAGUAACAUAUGCUUAUUCUCUAAUGAGUCUACAGAAGGAAUAAAAAUCAUCUCUUCCCUCCAUCUAGAGCAGAGCUAGCCUUUACUGAUGUGUUUCUUAAUUUUCUUUCAUUAUUUAAAAAUGCAUAUCAUAUGUAUAAUAUUUAAACAAAAUUAGGGUCAUACAUACAUACAGCUUGAUAUCGUAAUUUUUUCCUCCCAUUUAACAAGGAAUUUCCUGUGUCCUUAAGUCUUUGAAAGUAAAUUUCUAGUGGCUCUACCUUACUUUAGUUAUCCAUUCUCACACUGUUGAAGAUUUUAGUUGUUUUAGAUCCUUUGCCGUUAUCAAUAAUGCUGUGAUGAAUAUUCUUGCAUAUAAAUCUUGGUCUGCAUCUUUGGCUUCUUUAGGAUAGAAUCCUAAAAAUUGGAUUGUGAUGAGGGGAACUCACUCACGUUGCUAGAGUGAGUACAAGUUGAUAUUACCUUUUAGGAAGUGGGCAGUUUGUAUUAAGGGAAUGCUUUUCUUGACCCUGGAGCUCCAGUGUUCCAUGCAUUUGCUGAGCUUGGAUGAUUAAGGGGGUAGGGGAUGUCUGACAAAGGCCUCUCAGAAUGCUCCUGAUGUUUGGAGUCUCUUCUCUACUCCGUCUGCCUCCCCUCCUUUCUUGCCUCAUUUCCCCCUUGUAGUCAGUGUGUUUUGGAAACACUGUUAGUGUUUAUUUCACAAUAAAAAUGUAAAAAUAAACAACUUUAAUUAUAACUAAUUUUUUAAUUUUAAAAUAAAGGUUACAGACAGAUUUUUUUUUGAUAGACAAGCAAUUAGUGAUUUGCCAUCAUGAGGUGAACCAGGCACAAUAUUCAGGAAUUUGUUGCUGCUUAAGAGUGCAGCCAUAGGUUACUUAUUCUAAUCCGUGUUUCGGAUAGAGAUUGGAUGACGAAAUGUGUUCUGUUGAAAUAAAACCAUUUUAAUCCCUCAUUUAAGACUCUUAGGACCCCGGCAGGCAGAAGAAGCUUUUGUUCAGCUUCCUAGUCUGCAAGUUAGUUUGGGGCACUAACAUUUGACUAUAAUUUAAAUUCUUACCUCUCUUUCUGACUUUUACCCUACCUCUCUGAGUUUUUCAUUCAUUCAUUCAUCUUCUCUUUCCCCUUCAUUAUAUCUCAUCCUCACGAGGGGUAUCGCUUCCUCCGUCUAAAGGAGAUACUUUCUUAGUCUGCUAGCUUACUAAUUAUUAUGUAUGUUACAUCAAUUGUUCUUUCUGGUCUUUUGUCUUUUCUAAUAUAAAAUGGUCAUUUUUAGAGUACCUACUUCCCCCAGGAAAACAGUGAAAAUCAAUGAAUAGCAGAAUUUGUUUUUCUUGGGUGAGAUAAGCUGACAGAGGGUGUGAGAAUGAUUCCUGUUACAAUUAGCUCUUGAUCUGAAUAACAUAAAAUUAAUAUAUAAUCCCUGAAAUACUUUUAUUUUGGAACACUGUGGUUUUCAGGCAUUCGCUAAGUGGCCCUCUCAUGCUGGAGCCCAGUAACUUCUGUCUUUCCCCAGUCCUGGGCAGGUUUGCAUCAGGUAAUGGAGCAGGGUUGAUUGAAUUGCAGCCAAAUGGCUCACUUAUUCAAAAGUACCUAUUCUACCAGCCUGCUAAGAGAUGAAUUAGUCAUUCCCUUAGCUUGAGGCCCCAAGGCCCUUGUGUAAAUGUCAGCAUGUUAUUUGGGAAGGUGGGAAGUACAUUAGACCAUUGUUUCCUUCUAACCAGCUUUGUCUGUGGCAGUCCUUGGUUGGAGGCCCCUAGGUACUGUGGGUAACUGGCCCAAAUGGAUAAUCAUUUGGGGGAUAAUAAAAAACUGACUUCCUUCAGAGGACCUAGUUCAUGUAGCCUUGGUUGUACCCUCUUCUCAUAUGGCACGCGCUGCCUGAGAAGAUCAUUCCCUGCCCUGAUUGAGCAGAGAUAGUUAAUUUCCUACCCUCCAGACUGAACUCAAAGCAUUCACCUUCCUUCCAGCUUCCUUAUUGGUUAUUAAUUCUUGAAUUUUUCUCUCUUGCUGGAUGGGGUAGCCUGUUGCCUUUCUGUCAGCAUAAGCUUCAAAAGCUGCUGAGUUAGAGUCAGCAUUAUCAUAAGCAUGAUGUGUGGGUCCAGAAUAUUCCUGAGCUGGAAAGGCUACUUACUUACACUCUACUCCGGCUUCCCAAAGAUUUUCCUUCUCGGGCUGUAACGUGCUGGGGCAGAGUUGGAUUCUGACUACUCAGGCCACCAGGGUAUCUAUUAAGUCCUGGAUAAGAAUCAGAAACGAGCUUAGUAGGCUGAAGGGGCUGAAAGAAACGGGAGAUUGAGACAUGAGUAGUUUUAAAGGAGCUGCAUGUAUUUGAUCGGGGCCUUGACUUAAUAUUUUGCUUUUUUCUAUACCCGGUUCUGACAUGUUGGAGAAACAGAAGAGUGGGCUGGUGACCUGGGUUUCUAGUUCCAGCCACCAGCUGCAUAUCUUUGUACCAAUCACUUAACUUUUCUGGGCUCCUUUCUGCACCUAUAAAAUUAGAGGUUUGAAUCCAAUGUGCUCUAAAGGCCCUCCCAGCUGUAGCAUGCUGUAAUACAUCCCACUGUUUCUUUAUGCGGCAGUUUCCCUUGGGUAUACUAUGUACCUUCUGCUUCAGUGCACGCUCUCAUCCCACCCCCAGCCCUGGGAGUGGAGACUGUGCAUGAAAGAAGAGGAAUGAGGGAAACAGAAUGUCACACCAUGUCUUCCUGACCUCAUUGACUGGGGAGAAGCCUGCUCCCUCCAUCUGGUGCUCCACCUGGGGUCAGAACACUCUUCUCACCUGAGCAGUGCUGUGUGUGGCCCUCUGGAACUCGCAUUCCUACUCUGCCCACUAUUUAACCAUAAAGAGAGAAGAGAAAUCCUUAUCUUUAACCACAUUGCCAGUGCUGUAAGGUUCAAUAAGACAUAAGUUAUGAAAUGGAAAUGAGGCAAGUCUUCCAAGUUUUGUAGGUGGGAGAAUAUUGAGGAAAAAAAGGGGACAACUUCUCAUUUUAAGGUGAGGAGAAAUUGAGGAUAUACAUCAUAGAGACAAUGGAAUAGAAUUGGGCAUUUUAAAAGGAAAACAUUAAACCAAUAAGUUACAGAUAUUCUCUCUCUUUUGUUAUGUUGUUGUGACUGCCUGAGAAAAUUCAGGGGUCUGCAGUGUUAACACAUUUCUACAUUGCUAUCCAUCAUGAGUCCUGAGGCCUGGCUGACUCACAGGGAGACUGGGAAGAGUCUCUGUGGCCUGUGUCUUGUGUGGCCCUGACUUGCCUUGGACUUUGUCCUGCUCACCUUUACGUUUGGCCAUCAGCUAGACAAACGUGCAAAAAAGUAAAGUUUGCAUUUUAUAAGCUGCUGAAAGACAUUUCUCUGUAUAUAUGUAUUCCCUGUGACCUGGCAGAAAAUACAUUUUCUGGUCUAUCUUCGUGCUUAGAGUUUCAGUCCUAAAGACAGUAUGUUGGCUUUUCUUUGUGUAACGCAGAUUUGUACUAUGUAUGGUAAACUUGAAGCUCUUUUCACAAUAAACACCUAGAUGUAGGCAUGAGGCCCAAUUUUCUACCAAAUUGGGGUCUUUUUUUUUUUUUUUU